GAUCUACUCCCCUUGAGUUGAUUGGCGCAGCCUGCGGAGGGCGAAGUUGAAAAGGGGACAGAGGCGGAACUGAACCAGAAACAAACUUUUCUGGUUAUAAAUUGAAGAGACUACAGUCGCCGUUGUUAUGUUAUUCAGGUCGCUGGUGGGGAGUGCCUGCACUCUGAUAGGAGCUGCAACCGCCGUCAAAUUCGCGCCCGUGGAAGUGAAAGCCCAGGCAGCCGCUCUCAUUCACAGCGCAGUGAGGAAAUCUUCCCUGGUGGAACAAACGAACAUGAAGAUCGAACUUCUCCCAGCACUCAGUGACAACUACAUGUACCUGCUGAUCGAUGUGGACUCCAGAGAAGCAGCUGUGGUCGACCCGGUGGAGCCAAUAGUGGUUGUGGAAGCAGCCAGAAAGCAUGGCGUGAACCUCACUACUGUACUGACCACUCAUCACCACUGGGACCACGCUGGUGGAAACAAUAAGCUGUUGAAGCUGAUGCCCAGUCUGAAAGUCUGUGGAGGAGAUGAACGAGUUGAUGGUCUAACAAAAAAAGUUUCUCAUUCCACCAAUUUCAAACUUGGAUCACUCAAUAUCAAAUGCCUUUUUACGCCCUGUCACACGACUGGCCACAUCUGCUACUAUGUGACUAAAGAAAACAGCACAGAGCCUCCAGCUGUUUUCACAGGGGACACAUUGUUUGUGGCCGGUUGUGGUAAAUUCUUUGAGGGUACAGCAGAGCAGAUGUACAAAGCCUUGAUUGAAAUUCUGGGAAACCUGCCACCUGAAACGCGUGUUUACUGUGGUCAUGAAUACACCGUCAACAAUCUGAAAUUUGCGCGUCACGUGGAACCAGACAAUGAAGAUAUUAAGAAGAAAUUAGCAUGGGCAAAGGAGAAGUGCAGCAAUGGAGAACCAACCAUUCCAUCCACUGUGGCUGAUGAACUGACAUUUAACCCUUUUAUGAGAGUGAAAGAGAAGGCCGUUCAAGACCACGUGAAGCAGACAGACCCAGUUGAAACGAUGAGAAGCCUUCGGAAAGAAAAAGACGGCUUCAGAGUGCCGAAGGAGUGAAGCUCGGAACAUUGCAAGCUGUACAUUAAUUGCAAAGAAAACCCCUGCAUUUCAUUUUCAAUGCCAUUUGAAAUCGAUCAACUACACUCACUUGCUUUUGGCACAUUAAGAGUAAAGUGUCUAUAAAUCAGUUUAAGGUUUGGUACGUUUCCCUGUGACAGUUUGGAGGAAUAUAUGGCCAUCAAUCAGAUGCUUUAAAAUGACAAUUUUAGUUUGGAAACUUGUAAAUGAAAAAGUUUUUAAGUCUAUUUAGUAUUAUGUUGUAAUAUAUUUAUGUACAAACUAAUGUUUCAUUGAGUGUUGGAAUCUUGAGAAGAUGGAGAGGCACUUAAGUAAAAGAUUUAAUAUGUGUACAAUAUCUGCUUUAAUACGAAACAGCAAUUGUAAAG